AUGUCAGCUCCCAACAAGAAGACCGCGCCUCCAAAUAAUGGCACAAAUACAAGGCCACCAGCCAACCCUACUUCUCGAUCCUCACCAUCCAGGUCUUCUACAAGCAUCAAUGGUCUGGGCAGAUCACCUUCUCUCCGCGGUGGAUUAUCAAGGCCUGGGCGAGGCGGUACCGCUCGAUCUUCUCCCCAAACGAGCUUCUUAAGCAUGAAUACUACGGCCUCUGACGAGGCGAGCGAGGAUGAUGCAAGGGCGGAGCAUGUCUCACUGAUGGACGAGCUCAGGAGUCGGGUACAGAAGGCCGAGACAGCAUCGGAAGAGUAUCAACGUCAAUUGAAUCUACUGCAGGCGCGCUUGCACGAAAGUCAGCAAGAGCAGGGCCAGCUUGAAGACCGGUUGCACCAGAGUAACAAGAACAUCGAGGAGCUUGAAAGUGAUCGGGCCCACUCUGCUCGCCAGAAACGGGAAAUGCAAGACCUGUAUGAGACAGAACGGACAUCCAUGUUGAAGGAUAAAGCCGAGCAGAAGACGAGAGAAGGCGAUUUGAUAUACGCCAAUCAGCGGCUGAAAGAGGGUUUGGCGCAACGGGAAACCCGAAACAAUGGUGAAGAUACCAGAAUUGGAUCACCCAGGAAUCGUGAAAGUGACCAGUUCGCUCCACCCGCUGCAGCUCCACGCGGAGAUUCCAAGGACCUUUCCAAGCAAGAUACUUCAAAGCAGGUAAUGCAGAAGGACCAGGUCAUCAAGUCACUGCGUCUGGAACUAGCUGAGGCUCAGAUCAAGAUCAUGGAAUUGGACACUGGUGGAGGAGGGGGGCGAACUCACGAGUUGGAAAAGCAACUCCUGGAAACUCGUAUCGCAAAUGCCCGUCUCAUGGAGGACAAUGAAAGCUUCCAGCUGCUUCUGAGCGAGAAGACUUUGAACGGGGACUUCAGCAAAACCGAAGCAAUGCAACAAUCUUCCGGACUAGGCUCUCUAGCUGAAGAACUGGGUUCUGAAGAGAUGGAGUCCACCGAUGAAAAGUCGGACGACUACCGACGACUAGAGACAGAAGCGAAAUCACUCAAAGACCAGAAUAAGGCUUUGGCGAAAUACAUUGAAACUAUCAUUGGCCGUCUUCUGUCACACAAGGAGUUCGAGUACAUCCUUGACAAAACACCCGAUCUCAUGUCUGGUGCACCGCGACCCCAGACUGCAAACACCGACAAGGAGCUACCACCACCUCCGCGUGCCAAAGAUGACGAACCCAUUCCCGGUUUCCUGCAGAGAGCGACAUCAGUCAUCGCCGGAUCAGCUAAGCGCCCUCGCCCCAUUAGCCAGAUAGGCACUUCUUCUGCGGCACCACCAAGUGAAGAUCCUACCAAAGCACCUACUAUACAGCUCGAUCGGUCUCAACCCAACCGCUUGAGCACGCAGAUGCGUUCUCAGUCUGAAAUGCCCAACGCUGCUCCUCUAGUCAAUCAAAUGUAUCGUGGUCCAUCCUCCACAGGCUCGGGUGGGCCUAUGCUCAGCCCCGGCAUUUCGCCCGGCGUGACGACUGCAACUCGGACAUCAUUUUUCUCUCCUCCAUUGGCUGCUAGUUCGAAUGCCACAUCUCGAGCACCAUCUGGCAGCGCAAGCCGAGCUUCUCGCGAAAAUAAUAACGCGGGAAGCAGCUCGAAUAGCACAUUUAGUGACCACAGCGGAGGCGUGGAUGGUAGUCCGCCCCGCGGCAACGGUAACAAUGGGACCAACAAUUACACUGGGGCUGUCAUGACGCAAAGUCGCUUGAGGCCGUUGAGGUUGGUGCAGGAGAAUCCGAAGCAAGAAGAGGAUGCGGCUGCUGUAGCGGCAAGAAAGAAGGCCAAUAGGGGAAGUUGGAUGCCGACCUGGAUGAAUACGCAGAAAAUAGGGAUGUCGAAGGCCAUUUGGGCCCCCUCCCCCUCGACCAACCGCGGUCAACCCACCCAACUCUCCUCAGAUCCCAAAGGCGAACGAAUAGCCUACGCUAACAAUAAAUCCAUUUUCCUCCGCUCCAUCGACCACCCCUCCCAAUCAACCCAAUACACCUCCCACACGACCACCGCAACCGUCGCCCGCUUCUCCCCCUCCGGCUACUAUGUCGCCAGCGGUGACAUCUCCGGUACCGUCCGCGUCUGGGACUGCGUCGGCGAAGGCGCCACCAAGGGCGAAUACCCAAUCAUCAGCGGCCGUAUCAACGAUCUAGCCUGGGACGGAGACAGCCAGCGCAUUAUAGCCGUCGGCGACGGGAAGGAGAAGUUCGGACACUGCAUCACGGCCGAUAGCGGGAAUACGGUCGGAGAGAUCAGUGGACAUAGUAGUCAGAUUAAUAGCGUGAGUGUGAGGCAGCAGAGACCGCUGAGGGCGGCGACGGGGAGCGAUGAUACGAGUUUGGUGUUUUAUCAUGGGGCGCCGUUUAAGUUCAACACGAGUUUGAGGAAACAUCAGCGGUAUGUUUACGGGGUGGCUUUUAGUCCGGAUGGGGGGACGUUGGUGAGUGUGGGGGCUGACAAGAGGAUUUGGCUUUAUGAUGGCAAGACGGGGGAAGCUAAGGGGGAGAUUGGGGUGGGGGAACAUACGGGGAGUGUCUUCGCUGUGUCGUGGGCGAGGGAUUCACGGAGGUUUGUUACGAGUAGUGCGGAUCAGACGGUCAAGGUUUGGGAUGCAGAGGCUGGGAAGGUGGUGCAAAGCUGGCGGAUGGGCGAGGAAGGGAAGGUCAGCAUACCGGACCAUCAGGUUGGGGUUGUGUGGCCUGCUGGCAGGUCGGAUGGGUUGGUCAUCAGUCUGGGCCUCUCGGGUGAUCUGAACUACCUUCAAGAAGGAAAACCAGGAACCUUGCGGACAGUUCAGGGACACCAGAAGAACAUCACAGCUAUCACAGCCGACAGGGAACACAGCUCGGACCCGACUUUCUUCACUGGCAGUAGCGACGGCCGCAUCUGUGCUUAUGAUGGGACGGGAGAUGGCGAGACUAUCGAUGGCGAUGCCCACAAGAACUAUGUCUCUGACCUCGCUACUUCCAACGCUGGUCAGAUCUACAGCGUAGGCUGGGAUGAUACCCUCCGCUCCAUCGAUGUAUCUGCAAGGACCUUCACCGGCACCUCAACUAAAACAGACGGUCAACCGCGCGGCGUUGCCUUGACAUCCUCUAGUACGGCAAUAGCGACACACAAAGGCCUUUUCCUCCUCUCCCAAAAGGACAACUCCGUCAUAAAACACGUACCAACAAAGUACGCCCCUACGGUCCUCGCAGCAGGCAAAAGCCACGUCGCCGUCGGUGGUGACGAUUCUCAACAGCAUAUGUACGACCUAGACCUCAACCACGUCAAAUCGAUACCGCAUCCCUCGCAAGUCACAGCCUUGGCCUUCUCCCCAGCCUCAAACCAGUACCUAGCCGUCGGCUUCUCCUCCGGCAAAAUCAUCGUCUACGAACCCAACAACCCGGAACCGGUCACCACGAGAUGGUCCGCGCACACGGGGAGGGUAAUGAGUAUCGACUGGGAUGAGAAAGGCGAGAGAGCAGUCAGUGGAGGGCUGGACACCGAUAUCUUCGUGUGGAGCGUGAAAAAGCCGGGCCAACGCAUUAGCGUCUCGCAGGCUCACAAAGAAGGCGUCAAUGGCGUCAGAUGGGCUGGCGAGAACGAAGUUGUGAGCGUUGGCGGGGAUGCUGCUGUUAAGAAAUGGAAGGUGGAAGGAGCUGUUUGA